GGCCGGCGCGUGGCGGCCGGGGCUUUGCCGUUGGGGCGGCGGGGCCCGGGAGGCCGUGGUGCGGGGCUUCCCGCGCAGCGCCUCGCGGGCCGCGGAGGCCGGGGAGUCGCAGCAGCGUCGUGUUGGUGUGUUCGGGCGACUGUGUGCUUCCUCGAUCACCCGUGCAGCUCUCCGGGCUCCUGAGACAGUCUCCUCGCUGGCUGGUUCUGGUUCGAGCAGCGCUCGGGUGGCAGAGUGUAUAGAGGAAGCGCUGCAAUUGUGGCCACACCUGCCAGGAACCACAGCAGAAAUGGAGCGGUCAUUCAUGUUGUGCAGUGAAGAACAAGAUCCAGAACCACAGCGGAGUUUACAAGCACCCAGUCAAGCCCACGAUGAGGAUGCGGAGCUCAUCUUUGUAGGGGCGGAGCAUGUAAAUGAAGAUGCUGAACUGAUAUUUGUAGGAAUGACUUCAAAUUCAAAACCAGCCAAAUCAAACAUUCUGAACAGAGUCACCCCAGAUUCAUGGUUAAAAAGAAAGCAUGAUGGGCUUAGAAAAUGCACUACUCAAAGAUUGCGGCCCUCAAGUCCUGCUGUACCCAUAUCGGAGACGGUGGUCGUGCUGCCGGCGUCUCCGGCUGAAUCAAGAUCAUCAGAUAGUCCUAUUAUUAUUGAGCCUUUGUCCGAACCUGAUUAUAAAAGCGAUUUGCCACAAGUUGUGCCUAGUAGCUCUUCAAAGUGUAGUUCGCCUUUGGCUACACUCUCAGGUUCGAAGCGUAGCCCAGCGAGGGCGGCCCUUUCAGGAGGAGAGCUGAAUGAAAGUUUGUACGUAUCGCCGUGCCAUUCUACUUCUAAAGGAAAUGUCGUAAGCCCUGGACGGAAUGUUGACAUUGUAGAACCUUCUUCAGCUUUGUCCCCUUCAGGUACUGUGCACCAUACCUCAAAUCCUCAGCAGAAGAGAACCACCUUUGAUGUUCCCCACUCAUCAAACCAUUUUGUGAAUGGAGCCCGUCUCUCAGAGGACUCUGUCCGUGCUCAGCCUCACCAGGAAAAUGGAUUGGCUGAAGCAGACUCUCCAAGUCUAGCAAGUCAAGAGGCCUUUGACCCCAAGAAAGGAAGUCUGACCCUCUUACUUAGUGACUUCUAUUAUGGACAGUAUCAAGGAGAUGGGCAGCCAGACCAGAAGAAGACUCACACAACCUUUAAAUGCCCCAGCUGCUUGAACUCUCUAAAAAAUAUUAAAUUUAUGAGCCACACCAAACAUCAUUUGGAACUGGAGGGGCAGGGGAGUGGCGGCUGGGGGAGCCACACUGCCUGCCAGCACUGCCACCGGCAGUUCACCUCCCCUGUGCAGCUGGAGUGUCACGUGGCCUGUGUCCACACGGCUCCAGACCCUUCCAGGGUCUGCAGGAUCUGUGAGUUGUCGUUUGAGACCGAUCAAGUUCUUCUACAGCACAUGAAGGACACUCAUAAGCCCGGGGAGAUGCCCUAUGUGUGCCAGGUCUGUAAGUACAGAUCGUCUGUCUUUGCGGAUGUGGAGACACACUUCAGGAAGUGCCAUGUAAACACUAAGAACUUACUCUGUCCAUUUUGUCUUAAAGUUUUCAAAACUGGGAUGCCAUACCUAAGCCAUUACAGGGGCCACUGGCAAAGGACUGGUCACCCGUGCUCCAAGUGUCGGCUGCGGUUCUUGACCUUCAAGGAGAAGAUGGAGCACAAGACCCAGUGUCACCAGAUGUUUAAGAAGCCUAAGCAGCUGGAAGGGCUGCCUCCCGAGACGGAGGUCGUGAUUCGGGUGUCCCUGGAGCCUGUCCAGUCAGAGUCUGUGAAGGCUGCAUCAGUUGUUGUGAGCAUAACUGACUGAGAACCAGCUUCCCCCAGAUCUCAAGGCAGACCUGCGAAACCAUCCCAUUGGUCCUAUGCCGGAACCCAGAGCCCUUCGUAGAGACGAGAACACACCAUACAUUGUUGUUCCUUAGUGCAAAAAAUGAUGAACUGAUGAAUAAUCGGUUUUUCUUCAAUUCGGUGGUAAUGGGGAGUUCUUGUUUUCAUGUUGUGAGGGUUUGUUUUGUUCUCUUUUAGUGCUGGGGCUGCAUCUAAACCUCACAAUAAGCAAGUGCUCUGCCACCCCAUUCCCCAGUCGACAGCAUAUUUGAAUGAACUGUGAGCAUUACUUAAAAUCCAUCUGCUUUUCUUGUUAAGUGUUUGGUUUAACACAAGGAAGGUGUGUGUAUCUGUAUCCACGUGAGUGGAAAACAGAUUAAACUUAAUUAUUAGUAUUUCAUGUAAUGUCUAAGAUCGAGAGCUCUUCCACAUCAGAGUUUGGAGUUUGAUGGGGCUAACAAGGCCCCGCCUCUCCCUGAAGAUCUAUAGGCAGUUAAUGUUCGCUACGGGAAGGAGAGAGACUUUUUUCUUUUCUGGUUUGAGAGACAUCUUCAUAAGUGGUAUAACAUGGGUAAGUGGACGGGCACACAUUGAUUCCAGCCUUGAAGCCAAAGAAGGAAUCCUGGCCAUGCGAAUAUCCAAGGAGGCCAAGCCAUUCCUGUAAAGUGCCGGCAUUUUGUGAAAGACCUCUACAGACAUUAAGAGCACAGCUGUGUGUCCUCAGCGCUGAAGCAGCAACAGUAAUUAGUAAGGUGGGAACUGUUGUCCACCGACUUCUAUUGCUUGAUGCCUAGGGUAGUUGGAUCCAUUCACUCUUUGUCCCAUCUUGGCUAGCUGUGUUUGAAGAAUGAACUGGCCAUAUUCUUCCUUUCCUGGGGAAAGAAGCGUUGGCUUUUAUAGCUUGAAGUGUAUUGAUUCCAGUAGCAGUGGUUGCUAUAGGAAGGAGAGAGACUUUUCCCCCCUGUUUUGAGAAACAUUUUCUUAAGUGGUGUAGCAUGGGUAAGUGGCUUGGGCUGAACUUAGUUCUACUUUCAAGCUGUAAUAGGAACUUGCCCAAUAGUACUGGACAUAGCGCGCCACACACACACACACACACACACACACACACACACACACACAGCAAAAACAAAAAACCCAGGGUGACUAGAAAUUAAGCCCUCUACGUAGUGUUUUCAGUACAUUUUCAGUACGUGUGUUUUGUGGUAAUUGAACAUGUGAAGCUUGCGGUUUGGUGCCGUGGUGCUUUUUCCCCCUUGGUGCUAGGGAUUAAGCCCAGAGCCUUACAGGUACCAGGUAAGGGCUCUGCCACUUAACUAGAUCCCUAGUCACAAUUUGAACCUUGCUUCGUAUUUAAGUGACCACAGAGCAGUGUUCCCUUUGUUGUAUGUGUAAUUUCCCAAUUGACCACACUAAAACUGCUUGGGUCUUACUUGAAGCACUUCAGUGUGCAUGACAUGUCCUAAAUGAAGACUUGUCUUCUCCCAUGUAGUAUGUCGUACUGCUUAGACGGCCACUGUCUAUGGAGGAACAGCCCUUCAUAGAACUGUAGACACCCCCUGGAGACUGGCCUUCAGCAGCUUCAGUAGCAUUGGCCAUUUCUGUAAAUUUCCAGGGCUGUCUCCUUGAGUCGGGCCCAGUGCCGCCUACUGUUCUGCUCCUCCAUCUCCAGCCCGGACGACCAGUGGCUUCUGUCCAUCCCUCAAGGAAGGAGUCUGGACGCCUGCUGGUUAUAGUCACUGUCUGGGAAAAUCUCUUGAGUUUCCUGUUCCUUUCUUUAAAGGUACCUUAUCUUGCUGGUUGUGGUAGCACACACUGGUAAUAACAGCUCUUGGGAGGCUGGGGCAGGUGGAUCUGGAGUUCAGAGUCAGCUCUGGCCUCUUCAGUGAGUGUCUUUUUGGGACAAGGCACACUAACUUUUCAUCUUGUACCUUUCCUUUAGGUGUAGAAAGUGUGUUUGUCCCAUUUGUUCAGGUGGAGAACCGCGCUGUUUCUGAAAGGAAUCUGCAGACUUCUGUACUGUCUUUGGUAAAAAUAAGCCACCUUAGACCUGUGCUUAGUGUCGCCAGCACUGUUGCUGUAGUUGCUGUUUCAGUAAAUCAUGCUCCUGAGGAGCACAGGCCGUUGUUUACUGCUAAGGGAGGCCCAGCGCUCGGUCUCCUGCCCACCUGUCUCCCUGGGCUGCCAUGCUCCUGCCGCUCUCCUCGCUGCUUCGCUGUUCUGAUCUCUUGGCCUUGUCAUUCCUCUAGUAAACUCCCGUUUCUUCUUCCUGAUGCAAAGGCUGCACAGCUGCUCUCUCGUCACAGUGCUUUCCCCUAAGCCUGCAUGGCUUGCUACCUCACAUGUGCUCUGUUAGAUUACGCUCGUCAGGAUUUCGAGAGGGACUGGAAACUCCCCUGCUUGUGAAGUCCUGCUUAUUCCUUCUCUCUGAAGGCAGUUUACCUCGUGUUGCACCUUUCUUCCUUCUGCUGUCUAGCUGAGUUUCCUAGUCACAGAACUUGAGGAAGAAAUCACUUCGGUUCUGUCGUAGAAGUGAGCUAGCUUAAGUCCAUUUCUGUGCCUAUUACACAAAGAAGUAUAGUGAGCUGAGUCUUUCAGAAGCUUUCUGUUUUAUAUUGAUAGCUCUAUUUUUAAAGCAAUGUCACUUUGUUUUGUUUGUACGUGUAUUAAAUUUAUCUGUCAAGAUUACUAUUUUGUUACUCAGAAGUUUGUUGCUUGUUCUUUCAAAUAAAAGUCAUUAUUUUGUUAAUGUUGCCAAAGUUAUUUAUAAGAAAUAGCAACUAAGGAAAUAAAACAUUUUGUGAAAA